AUGCGAAUGCGACCGCCCGGCGGUGCGUGUGUUGGCGGCAGAGAUGCUGGUGGUGAGCAGGCAAAGCGUGAUGCCAUGCCCAACCCACUUGUGAGCAGCGUCAUCAGCAUGCGAGUCGCUCCACCAAAAAAAGAAGAAAUUUCGCCUUCGCUCAAGCCUGGAAGGCCGGCAGCAGAGCAGCGAUCGGACAGUCAGCAUUUGGAGAGCACAUUCAAGGGCGCAGCGGCGACGGCGGCAGCGUUCGGGAAGCGAGACGCUGCUUUUGGGGCCUUUGCCAUCGCCGUCGCCAUCACUUCCACCCACCCACCCACACCACACACACACACACACACCGUCAUCAUGUCGUACACCAUUGCUGGCCGCAAGAUCCUUAACGAGCACAUUGCGCUUGCUGUGCUGGGCACCUACGGCGCCAUUGCCGUCUCGCAGAUGGGCGGCUCCAAGCAGGCCACGCCCUCGGCCAGCCCCGAUGCCAAGGCGGCCAACCAGCCCCCCAUCAACGCCUCCAGCUCCGACGAGGAGGCUUUCAUCAAGCAGUUCCUCGCCGAUGCCGAGAAGGAGUCCGGUCGCCAGGUCUAA